AUGGCCAAUGUUUUCCUACACACUACACUUUGCCUCUUCCUCCUAACCACAACCUUUUUGCUUGCCAACUCCGCAAGAAUCCUAGAUGAAUUCGACUCUCCGUCACAAACUAUAGGCAAUCUACCCGGACCUGGUGCUGGUGCUGGCGCUGGCGCUGCCAUUCCUUCUGAUGCUAGCGCUGGCGCUGGCGCUAGUGCUGCCAUUCCUUCUGGUACAACCAUAUCUCAAGCAGGCCCUAUUGUUGCUUCGCCAAGUGGCAUAACACCUGCAGCCACAAACACUAACACUGUCACACCGGGAUCAGGUGAAGUAGAUACCAAUGCAGACCCUUCAGAAAAUGAACUAGCACCAUCUGAUGGUAUCGCUCCAGUCGGAAGUCCUGCAACAGACGAAACACCAGAAGCUGAAGCGCCACUCCCGGCUUCUCCUAAUGUUGUAACACCGGUGGUGACUGCCAAGCCUGUGGCGAAAGAGCCUUCGUUGUCUUUCUACAUGCAUGAUAUCCUCGGUGGAUCACAUCCAUCAGCACGAGUGGUAGCAGGAAUCGUAGCAAACACUGACGUAACCGGCUUACCAUUCUCCAAGCUCAACAACAAUCUCUUCCCGAUCACCGGAGGAAUUCCAUUAGUCAACCCAAAACUCAACGGCAUUGUCACGAGCAACAAUCUACCUAACCUCGUGGGCCUCAACGCGGCACAAUCUUCAACUGUAUUCAAAAACAGUGGCACCAGCAACACUGUCUCCGGCGGAAACAACCAUCCCUUUGUUUCCGCGGGGAACCUACCUGGCGGGUUCACAAUUCAGAAGCUCAUGUUUGGUUCUGCGACGGUGAUUGACGAUGAGUUAACAGAAGAGCAUGAGCUUGAUUCUUCUGUGAUUGGAAGAGCGCAAGGGUUUUACUUGGCGAGUUCGUUGGACGGUACUAGUAAGACCAUUGUGCUAACUGUUUUGGUGCAUGGUGAGGAGCAUCAUGAUGGAGUUGAUGACACUAUAAGCCUGUUUGGGAUUCAUAGGACGGCGUCGUUGGAAUCUGAGGUAGCGGUGAUUGGUGGGACUGGCAAGUUUGAGAAUGCUAGAGGGUAUGCUGCAGUUGAGACACUUUUGAAGGAGGAUCAACAUACCACAGAUGGAGCUGACACCAUUCUGCAUUUCAAUAUCUAUCUCACUCACUAG